AUGUCAGCAACUAUCAACCGCUCUCUGACCACUGUAAAGACCGAACUUGAAUUCCUUGCAGAAUCCAAUGUGAUCACCCACAACUUGAUGAAUCAAAUACUGAGCUCCCUCCCAGAAAAAUAUAUAGAGGGAAUGGCGCCAAAGGACGUGGGCUCGGCAAAUAACUCACAGCCUGUCGCCCCACCAGCCUACGCCCAGUCUAGUCCUUCACCAACCCCAGCCGAGUACGCCGAAGCGCUCUAUGACUACAAGCCUCAACAACCGGAAGAUGUGGAACUCAGAGCAGGAGACAAGAUCACCGUGAUUGAGAAAAUGAGCUCUUCAUGGUGGAAGGGUACCGUCGGUGGCAGAACCGGAAUGUUUCCUGCAAACUACGUCAGGCUACUUGGACUGGCACCGCCUCCUGCCCCAAUCCCUCAGCCAUACCAACAGCAGCCAAUUUCUCCAAUGUAUGCUCCACAACAGCAGCCUCAAGAGUACACGCCGAUGGCCGUCGCUGGAGAGCCCCAGGGAGGACAGCACAACGCCAUGUUUAAGAAAUUCGGCUCGAAGCUUGGGAAUGCAGCUAUUUUUGGUGCCGGUGCUACAAUAGGAAGUGACCUGGUCAACUCCAUUUUCUAA